UUUCCAGUCAUUCAAAUGGCAACCGAUCUGCAUAUAUCAAACUCCAACGAGCCCAUACAUUCGCAACUUGACACUGCGACCACAGCAAUGCAAGCUGUUUCAAAGUCAACUUCUUUGGUAGAGAUAACUGAAACUACACACGUAAAUGGAACACAAGAAACAUCAGGCAAUGAUGAAGAGGUUGCAACUGCAUCUACUAGUGAUAUACAGACAGCUGAACAUAUGCAAGGACAACAAGAAGCUUACUUAGAACCAAUUCUUGUUGCCAUGGAACUUGGACAAGAAAUUUUGGAAAGCAAUGAUAAUAAUGACGGUGAUAUGGUUGGUGAGCAUGAAAAUGAAGCUACAGCUGUUGAAACUAACACAUCAGAAAAUACCAUUCCAACAGAUGGUGAUGGUUCUACACCUAGUAUGGUUACUAUAACACACGAGCAGUUGUCAAACCUUUUUGCCAACUCUAACUCUGGUAGCACUGCAGGUAAUGUUAUAGUGACCUCAUUACCUGAUGGUAAUUGCCCGCAAGGCAGUUUAUCAAUAGCUACCAUCUUACAAGAUGUUGCCUCUGGUAUUCAAUCAGCAUCGACUGGAGUAGGCUCUACGACUAUACAAGCUGAUAAUAAUGGUGGUUCCUACUAUCUGGUCACCCAAGGGGGUACUAUACCAAUAGUCAUGCAAUCAGGCAGUGCAAUAGUCAAUAAUCUGAACUUGGUCAAUACAGCUUCAGGUGAUACAUUUGUUCUUAAUCAGGAUUCUUUACCAGAGGGAGUAUUUUCAACCUCUGUGCAAUCAGACUCUGUAGAUAAUUCAGAGAAAGUUGUAAAUACCACUGGACAAGAUCUAAAUGAAGCAAAUGAUGAAUUAACCACUGCAGCUGCUGCUGUUGAAGGGCAUAAAGAAGAGUUGCAAGAAGCCAUAACCACUGCGCCAAUUCCAGUGGUUAAUCAAUCAUCUGGAAAACGUCGUCUCAGUAAUGGUCCUCGUGUUUGUAAUCAAUGUAAUAAAGCAUUUAAAUAUCCAUCAGACUUAAAGAAACAUCUGCAGAUACAUACUGACGUGAAAAAGUUCAAAUGUGAAGAGUGCAAUCGAUUUUUUCGUCGUUAUCACCAGCUUGUUGUUCAUCAGCGUAUUCACACAGGAGAAAAACCUUAUGUUUGUAAACAUUGUGGCACGGCGUUCCGUCAUGAUUCAACUCUAACCAUGCACAUUCGAACAAGGCACGAGCACAAACGACCGUUUCGAUGCGAAUUUUGCGAUCACACUUUUGGUCGACUUUCACAUUUACGUAAACACGUGAAGAAAGUGUGCGGUCCUAACAAAAACCAAAAGCAGGCCAAUACCAUUACUCAAUGCAAGUAUUGCGAAGAGAUCUUUCCAAAUAAGAUUGAUCUUCGAAAACAUACGGCUACCUGUGAAAAAAAAGAAUCCAAACCAAAGGAUCCCAGUCAAGUCACCUUACAUGUCUGCAAUAUAUGCAACAAAGAUUUUGCUAGUCCUUAUAACGUCCGACGACAUCAGAUAACGCAUAGUGACGAAAGGCCUUACAUUUGUGAAUUCUGCAGAAAAUGUUUCAAAGAAAAAUCUUCGUUGACUAAACACAUGAAACGUGUUCACAAGUGUAAAACAGAUGAUUCUACCCCUUGUGAAUUGAUGGUGAGCAUUACUAGUGAUGAUCAGCAGUUUGAAGUCGUGUCUGUGCCAGCAAAUGAUGAAAACAUCUUAGCCAGUGCUAAUGCUGUAGACACCAGUAAUGAAAACGUCAAUAGAGAAAGCACAGUUGAUCAUUCGGCACUAGUUCAUGUUGCCACAAGUGUAAUGGUUGAAGAACUGUUGCAUAGUGACCAAAACAUGGCAAGUGAUCCUACAGCAACCUCCCAGACAUCUUCACAAACUCCUGUGUACAUGGCUGAGACAUGUAAGGAGGAUGCCCAUCAACUUGUGGCCGAAGAUAAUGUUGCGUGUCUAACCGAUUCUGACAUUAAUCCUGGUGAUGGUUUAUUACAAGACUCAACAAAUGAUUCAACCGAGGAGACUGCCAUGGCUGUAGACGAUAAUCAUACCACUGGAUAUAAUGAACAUCACCAACUUUCAAAGUUAGAUUCCACUUCUGUUCAUUUACAGCCCAUUGAGUUAAACAACGAUGAUGACAAUUCUUGCGUUAUUCCAUCUGUUGUUGCUUGUGAUGAGCAGCGUAAAGAUUAAAUAUCUUUAACUGAACUAAACUUCAUACUACUUUCAACCAUGUCGGCAACUGGUUUUCUCGUGUUUUCUAUGAGAUGUAUAAUUAAGCAUUUGUCCUGUGAACUAAUGUUAAAUGUAGCUAGUAUCAAAAAGUUGACUAUCACAGCUUUUUUAAAACAUCUAAAUGUCAAAGACACGACAAGAUAUUCGGGUUUAAUGAACGAGUGUGGCUCACGUUGGUUUGUUUAGUUUAAAGCUAUUUUCUGUUGUGAAAAAAAGAACCACUUUAGCUUGGUAAAACGUAUUUUGGUCAAAUUAUAUCAAUUGUAUGAUUUUUGUUGAGCAAAUUUGAAAAUGUCUUCAUUCCGCUAUCGGAAUGAACGUGAUGUUAUUGUGUACAAAAUAUUGAAAGGAGAAUAGCGGUUACUGCCCUGAUAUUGUGUAUGAAAUACUAAAUACAUGAUUCUUUCAAAGAAAA